AUGGAAUACAUCACAAAUACUGCUGGGGCAGACAUGGAUCAGACUCAGAAUGGAAAAGUUUUAAUCGAUCCUCAGCAUGAUCCAAAUGCAGUUGUACAAGAUACAGAAAUGGAAGAAGAUGAAGCUCGUUCUGAUGCAACAUUCAAGUUUACUGUACACAAUUUUAGUAAGCUCAAGGACUCUGUACUCUCUCCUCCUUGUUUUAUGAGAGACCUACCCUGGAAGAUAAUAGUAAUGUCUCGUAACAGUCAUUCUCAAGAUGCUAGGUCUGAUAGACCAGCCUAA